GUGAAUUCCGUUUGCAUCUCCGCAUCCGGGGCUUGUGGGAGGCGUUUCCACCGAUUCCCUUCGAGGUAUGAUGAGUACAUAACGUGGCUUUAUUCCACUGCGUCGAAGCCGGUGGGGAUCUUCCUCUGUGUGUAGGUCCCAUCCACUUGUCAAGAUUGUGAGGGUGCAGUAUGGGAGGAGAAAAUUUUUGCGAGGGAAGUUUGGAACACAAAAUGUUAUCCUUUCCCACAUAAUAGUUGCAUAGGCAUAGUCUGAAGUCCAAAAGAAAAAAAAAAGAUAUUUUCUUGUGAUUAGGUAGCAGAGACUGAACCGCCUUCAGAUUCCAACCUAAAGAUAGCUCCUUGGUUAGGCAGAUUAAAAUAGAAUUGGUAGUGUGAUGCUUCUUGCGGGGCUGUUCUUGUGCCAUUGUUCAAACAAGUAGACAAGAUGGCUAAAGAAGGGCAAAUCUGAAAGGUUUGCGUUUGAUCCUGCGGAAAGCCAUCACAGAGAGAAGAGAGAUUCCAGCAGUUGGUAGGCUUGCAGAACUUCUGAGUAUCUGAUAUUUGGAGAAAAUGAACGCACUGGUCGCAACAAGUAGAAAUUUCAAGCAGGCUGCUAAGCUGCUGGGAUUGGACUCUAAGCUGGAAAAAAGUUUGCUAAUUCCAUUCAGAGAGAUUAAGGUUGAGUGCACAAUUCCAAAAGAUGAUGGCACUUUGGCAUCUUUUGUGGGGUUUAGGGUGCAGCAUGAUAAUGCCAGAGGCCCUAUGAAGGGAGGAAUCAGAUACCAUCAUGAGGUUGACCCAGACGAGGUGAAUGCCUUGGCACAAUUAAUGACUUGGAAAACAGCUGUAGCAAAUAUACCAUAUGGGGGUGCUAAAGGUGGAAUAGGAUGCAGUCCUGGAAAACUUAGUUGUUCUGAACUUGAGAGGCUUACCAGAGUUUUCACACAGAAGAUACAUGAUCUAAUUGGCAUUCACACUGAUGUUCCAGCACCCGAUAUGGGAACUAAUUCACAGACAAUGGCUUGGAUACUUGAUGAGUACUCAAAAUUUCAUGGCCACUCACCAGCAGUUGUGACUGGAAAACCUAUUGAUCUUGGUGGAUCUCUGGGUAGAGAGGCAGCUACUGGAAGGGGGGUCCUGUUUGCAACAGAAGCCGUACUUGCAGAAUAUGGAAAGAGCAUUAAAGAUCAGCGCUUCAUAAUACAGGGCUUUGGUAAUGUUGGUUCUUGGGCUGCCCAACUUAUCAGUGAAGCUGGUGGUAAGGUGAUUGCUAUAAGCGAUGUAACAGGGGCCGUCAAGAACACUAAUGGUCUUGACAUCGAAAAACUACUUAAGCACAGCGCGGAGAAUCGUGGAAUCAAAGGUUUCAGUGGUGGAGAAUCAAUUGAUCCAAGUUCCUUGCUUACCGAAGACUGUGAUGUUCUUAUUCCAGCAGCACUUGGAGGUGUAAUAAACAGGGAAAAUGCUAAUGACAUAAGGGCCAAAUUCAUCAUUGAGGCAGCAAAUCAUCCAACUGACCCUGAGGCUGAUGAGAUCUUAUCAAAGAAAGGUGUUAUCAUUCUUCCAGACAUAUAUGCAAAUUCUGGCGGUGUUACUGUGAGUUAUUUUGAGUGGGUUCAGAAUAUUCAAGGAUUCAUGUGGGAUGAAAAGAAGGUUAAUGCGGAGCUGAAAACAUAUAUGACUCGAGGCUUCAAAGAUAUGAAGGAGAUGUGCAAGACGCACAACUGUGACCUCCGCAUGGGUGCUUUCACACUUGGAGUCAACCGAGUUGCACGAGCAACCGUUCUCCGAGGAUGGGAAGCUUAGUGGCCUGAUUCCCCCUUUUUCCAUAUUGCGACAAAAUAAUAGUUCCCUAAUUGUCAUUUAGAGAACAAUUUGGGCCCUGUCAUCAACAAAAACUUCACCUGAUUUGACUUUGAUGUGAGGUACUGUGAGGUUGGGUAUGCUUGAUGGUCAUCAAUCACUUUGAUUUUGAUGAUCUUCUUUUUCUAAAACCAAAUCAUUAGUAUUGAUCUGAUUUUAUGCAA